AUGCGAACGGAUGUCGAGAGCAUCAAGGAUGACUGGCUCACAGACAACGCUAUCGCGUUCUGGCAAGAAUACCUCGAACGCGAAGAUCUACAGGCCUUUCCCAAAGCCUCGAUCGUUCUCCUCCGCCCCUCAAUGAGCUUCAUGCUCAUGCAAUCACCCGAUCCGCUCUCUCUCAAAGAGGCCCUGCCCAAUUUCAGUACGACCACACACGUCUUCCUCCCCAUCAACGACAAUGCCGACGUCACAGCCGCAGAAGGCGGGUCGCAUUGGUCAUUACUGCUCGUCUCCGUCAUCGAUGGUGUAGCUUUCCACUACGACUCCAUGUCCGCUAGCAACGACCGGGAAGCGCGGGGCACAACAAUGAAGAUGGAACAACUGCUUGGAAAGAGGCUGCGAUUCAUACCGAUGCACGACUCGCCGCAGCAGGAGAACGGCAGCGACUGCGGUGUCUUCGUUUGCGUGUUGAUGAAGCAUCUGCUGCUUAAGAGAUUAUUGAGAGCGGACGCAAGCAGGAAGAUCAGUAUGAGCAUGAAGGACGCACACAUCAACGCGCGAGAUGGGCGCAAGCAGAUGCUGAAGGUCAUCGAGGAGAGGAAGGAGGAAGGCGAGAGACGGCGAUCACGCAGCCACUCGCCAUACCGACCGCAUUCGGCGCAAUCGAAGAGCCCACCUCGCAUCGGCGCCGAGCAGGAAGAGGAGACGAAGCAUUGA